AUGUUUGGGGCGCUCGUGGAAGGCUCAGAUCUGUGGCCCGCCCUAUUCCACUGGGCACGCGCCACGGGCCACGAGAGCCCUGGAAGAGCCCAGCUGGCAUGUUCUAUCGCCCGGGUGGCGGGCUGUCUGCAUACAGACGUCUCGUCGCCAUGGCUGACGCACGACUGGUCCGACGUGCGGUGGGAGUUUGACCUCAGACAGGCCGUCGGUGUCGGCGGGCUGACGGCGGCCGCCGGAAUCGCGAUUCGCUCUGCCAGCUGCCAGCAGCCUCGUGUCGCGGCUCUCACAGGUGCAGCUGCCAGCAGCCUCAUGUCGCGGCUCUCAGCGGUGCUCCUGCAGCUCCUGCUGUCAGUCUUCUACUCUCACUCGCCGCGCGCGGAUUGUGCGCCGCACCAGCAGGACACAUGCUCAUGCAAACAGUGCGAGAACUUGGUUGCGCCGCUUAGUGGCGGCGCUGCUUUAGAGGAAGCGGCAGCGUGGGAAGCACAGCAGAUGGAGGCGGCGCGGCAUGCCAAGGAGCUGCAAUCGCAGUACUGGGGGCGGCAGCGCCAGCAACGAGCAAGGAGAGACGGGCAGAGGUUGAGCGGCUGA